GCGAGGCCGCCGAGGGGACCCGGCACGAGCCAAGCGAGCGACGGCCUGCCGCAGCCGCGGGCGCUGGGGCAAGGCGGCGAGGGUGGUGGUCGCCUGCGGGAAGCACAGGGUGGCCUGGAUUUCGCAUCUGCCGAGUGUGAUGAGGCUUCCUUGCAGCGCUCCUCCGCUAGCUGCCAGCUGACCCCACUGCACCUAGCCGGCCUGUACGUGACCUUGGCAGAGCAGGACAGAUUGGUAUUUCCUGUGUCUGAGAGCCUCAGAACUUGCGGGCGACAUGGCCCAGGGGAAUAAUUAUGGACAAACCAGUAACGGGGUGGCAGAUGACUCACCCAACAUGCUGGUGUACAGAAAGAUGGAAGAUGUCAUAGCCCGAAUGCAAGAUGAAAAAAAUGGAAUUCCUAUUCGUACAGUCAAAAGCUUUCUUUCCAAGAUACCUAGUGUCUUCUCUGGAUCAGACAUUGUUCAAUGGUUACUAAAGAACUUAACUAUAGAAGAUCCAGUGGAGGCCCUCCAUUUGGGAACAUUAAUGGCUGCCCAUGGCUAUUUCUUUCCAAUCUCAGAUCAUGUCCUCACACUUAAGGAUGAUGGUACCUUUUACCGGUUUCAAACACCCUAUUUCUGGCCAUCAAAUUGUUGGGAACCAGAAAAUACAGACUAUGCUGUUUACCUCUGCAAGAGAACCAUGCAAAACAAAGCAAGGUUGGAACUUGCAGACUAUGAAGCUGAGAGCUUGGCCAGACUUCAGAGAGCAUUUGCCCGGAAGUGGGAAUUCAUUUUUAUGCAGGCAGAAGCGCAAGCAAAAGUGGACAAGAAAAGAGACAAAAUUGAAAGAAAGAUCCUCGACAGCCAAGAAAGAGCAUUCUGGGAUGUGCACAGACCUGUGCCUGGGUGUGUAAACACUACGGAAGUGGACAUUAAGAAGUCAUCCAGAAUGAGAAAUCCACAUAAAACCCGAAAGUCUGUCUAUGGUUUACAAAAUGAUGUUAGAAGUCACAGCCCUACCCACACACCCACACCAGAAACUAAGCCUCCUACAGAAGAUGAGUUACACCAACAGAUAAAAUAUUGGCAAAUACAAUUAGAUAGACAUCGGUUAAAAAUGUCAAAAGUUGCUGAUAGUCUACUGAGUUACACGGAACAGUAUUUAGAAUAUGACCCAUUUCUUGUGCCACCUGACCCUGCAAACCCAUGGCUAUCCGAUGAUACUACUUUCUGGGAACUUGACGCAAGCAAAGAACCAAGUCAGCAGAGAGUAAAACGGUGGGGUUUUGGUAUGGAUGAAGCUUUAAAAGAUCCAGUUGGGAGAGAACAGUUUCUUAAAUUUCUGGAGUCAGAAUUCAGCUCUGAAAACUUAAGAUUCUGGCUAGCAGUGGAGGACUUGAAGAAAAGGCCUAUUAGAGAAGUCCCCUGCCGUGUGCAGGAAAUAUGGCAAGAGUUUCUGGCUCCGGGAGCCCCCAGUGCCAUUAACCUGGAUUCUAAGAGUUACGACAAAACCACACAGACUGUGAAGGAACCUGGGCGAUAUACAUUUGAAGAUGCUCAGGAGCACAUUUACAAACUUAUGAAAAGUGAUUCGUAUCCACGUUUUAUAAGAUCCAAUGCCUAUCAGGAGCUUCUACAGGCAAAGAAAAAGUCUGGAUACUCAAUGGAGCGCAAAACAUCUCUUGAGAAAUUUGCACACAAUGUGGGCAGAAACCUCCCUAUUUUCCCAUGCCAUAAAAACUGUACACCAACACUGAGGGCCAGCACUAACCUGUUAUGAAAAGAGGGGAAAUCACUCACGUCAAAAAGGUUAACAAGCCUCGUUCAGUCUUACUAAUUGGAUCAUACUGAACCACGGAUGCCAGCUGGACUCACUGCACAUGUUUUAUAGCUUGCUGUUAACUGGAGCAGAAGCCCAAGGUUUUGCAUGAGCAAAGACUGACUUGUUCUUUUUGUGUGUGUAUACAUUAAGGCAUUGCCAUCUCUAAGCAACUCUACCAUUUCAAUGCCUCCAUUCAAAAUGUUGUCUGUUUACUUUCUUCUUGUGCUAAGCUAGAUCUGUGUCUUUCCUUUUUAACAAGUUCAAGUGAAGUAAAAUCAUUUUUUUUUAAAUUUCCUCUUCUCAAAGCUUCUGCUCGACACUCUGUUUACUAAAAAUUCAGUCACACACUGGAUGAAUUGCAAAAAAAGCAUAUUAAAAUGUAUGUAUAUGGCUUUGCAUUAUUAAACAACAAAUUAGCACAGAAAGUUUUAUUUAAUCAAUGUAUUCAGUGAAAACAAUCCCAUGUCAUUAUCUGUUGUCUGAAAAUUCUCAGUUAAGUUUCUUGAAUUUAUUUUUUUACCACAUUUAAAUAAGAAACCCCUUUUACUCCAGAUGUACUAAAGUUGAUCCUUUCUCUGUAAAUUUGUGUGUUUAUAUUGUUGAUUUAUCUUUCAUUAAAUGAUACAGAAUCUC